UGUAGCUGUGUGCAUGAGUGCGCAAAGCAAAACUCGGAGAAACUUAUCGACAGCUUAUAGACGCUAAUCUAAUCGUCUUCUCUCUCACAGAAAAAAAAAAUCAUCUUCUCUCUCUGUAGUUUUGAAAGGAAAAACAGAGAACAAAAUUCUCUCUCUGUAGUUUUGAAAGGAAAAACAGAGAACAAAAUCCGUUUCAGCGUUUCUCUCUCUGAUUUCUCGAGAGACAGCGACGACCGGAAACCGGCUGGAUAAGGACAUGCGAAAGAGGUUUGCUGGUAAUCCUCUCCGGAUCAUAGUGGAAUAUUCCGAAUCAGAGAGCGAGUUUUUAUUGCUCUUCGAUGGCUGCAUCGGACCAGUUCAUGCCCACAGGGGGCCCUCGUUACGUUCAAAUGCACUCGGAGCCGUCGACGAUACCCUCCUCUCAUUCCUUCCGGCUAGGCUCCGGACCGACAUGGAUUUUCGAAGAAUUGCCCAAGGCGACGAUCAUCUCCGUCUCUCGGCCCGAUGCCGCCGAUAUCAGUCCCAUGCUUCUGUCCUAUACCAUCGAAUUCCAGUAUAAACAGUUCAAAUGGACCCUACUCAAGAAAGCUUCUCAAGUUAUCUACUUACACUUUGCAUUGAAGAAACGUGCAUUUAUUGAGGAAAUUCAUGAGAAACAGGAGCAGGUUAAAGAAUGGCUCCAAAAUCUCGGCAUAGGAGAUAGUACAACAGUUGUUCAAGAUGAUGAUGAAGCAGACGAUGAUGCUGCUCCUUAUCAUGAUGAAAGUGCUAAAAAUAGAGAUGUGCCAUCUAGUGCAGCUCUACCGAUCAUUCGCCCAGCACUGGGAAGGCAACAUUCUAUUUCAGACAGAGCAAAGGUGGCAAUGCAAGGGUAUUUGAAUCAUUUUCUGGGGAACAUGGAUAUUGCUAACUCUCGAGAGGUUUGCAAGUUUUUGGAGGUUUCUAAGUUAUCAUUUUCACCAGAAUAUGGACCCAAGCUAAAAGAAGAUUAUGUAAUGGUAAAACAUCUGCCGAAGAUUCCAAAGGAUGAUGAUGAUACAAAAUGUUGUGCCUGCCAUUGGUUUAAUUGUUGUAAUGACAAUUGGCAAAAGGUGUGGGCUGUACUGAAACCUGGGUUCUUGGCUUUGCUGGAAGACCCUUUUGAUACCAAACCUUUAGACAUUAUUGUAUUUGAUGUACUGCCAGCAUCAGAUGGUAAUGGAGAAGGCCGGGUAUCUUUAGCAAAAGAGUUGAAGGAACGUAAUCCUUUACGUUAUGCAUUUAAGGUGUCAUGUGGAAACAGGAGCAUAAAAUUAAGAACUAGGAGUAAUGCUAAAGUUAGAGACUGGGUUGCAGCAAUUAAUGAUGCUGGAUUAAGGCCUCCUGAGGGCUGGUGCUAUCCUCAUCGGUUUGGUUCUUUUGCUCCUCCAAGGGGUUUGACUGAAGAUGGUAGUCAGGCUCAAUGGUUUAUAGAUGGCCAAGCUGCAUUUGGAGCUAUUGCUUCAUCAAUUGAGGAAGCAAAAUCAGAGAUAUUCAUUACUGACUGGUGGCUGUGCCCAGAACUGUAUCUACGACGUCCUUUCCAUGCUCAUGGGUCAUCUAGACUUGAUGCUCUAUUAGAAGCAAAAGCAAAGCAAGGGGUCCAGAUUUAUAUCCUUCUCUACAAAGAAGUUUCUCUUGCUUUGAAAAUUAAUAGUGUUUAUAGCAAGAGAAAGCUUCUUAACAUUCAUGAGAAUGUGAGAGUACUACGCUAUCCGGAUCAUUUUUCAAGUGGUGUUUAUCUUUGGUCCCAUCAUGAAAAACUUGUUAUCAUUGAUAACCGGAUUUGCUUCGUAGGAGGACUAGAUUUAUGCUUUGGCCGCUAUGACACAUAUGAACACAAACUGGGUGAUUACCCACCUUUAAUAUGGCCUGGAAAGGAUUAUUAUAAUCCAAGGGAAUCUGAGCCAAAUUCUUGGGAAGAUACAUUGAAAGAUGAAUUGGAUCGUCAGAAAUAUCCCCGUAUGCCAUGGCAUGAUGUCCAUUGUGCUCUUUGGGGACCACCUUGCCGUGAUAUAGCAAGGCACUUUGUCCAGCGCUGGAACUAUGCAAAGAGAAACAAAGCUCCAAAUGAACAAACAAUUCCACUGCUUAUGCCUCAGCAGCACAUGGUUAUUCCACAUUACAUGGGAAGAGGUAGAGAAACUGAGACAGAAAGUAAGAAAGCUGAAGAUAAUCAUAAAGGCAUUAAGAGGCAUGACUCCUUUUCCUCCAGAUCAUCACUUCAAGAUAUCCCAUUACUGUUGCCUCUGGAGGUUGAUGAACUAGAUCCUGCCAAUGGAAUCCCAAAAUCAAAUGGCUUAGACAUGACUCACAAUCUUCCAAGUCAAUCAAACAGGGUCAGUCGAGGACUUCCAUUCUCUUUCCGAAAAACUAAAGUUGAACCUUCAUUUCCAGAUAUGCAGAUGAAAGGCUUCGUUGAUGACCUUGAUUCCAUGGAUCUUCAGACAAGAAUGUCUUUGGAUGUGGUUGCUCAGCCUGAUAUGCAAAAUUUAGAUGAAGAGUGGUGGGAGACACAAGAGCGGGGCAACCUGGUUGUUUCUGCUGAGGAAGCUAGACAAGUUGGUCCAAGAAUUCCAUGCUGCUGUCAGGUUAUUAGAAGUGUUGGCCAGUGGUCUGCUGGAACAAGUCAAACUGAAGAGAGUAUUCAUAAUGCUUAUUGUUCUCUUAUCGAGAAAGCAGAAUAUUUUAUCUACAUCGAGAAUCAAUUUUUCAUAUCAGGUCUUUCAGGAGAUGAGAUAAUACGGAAUCGUGUUUUAGAAUCAUUAUACAGGCGCAUAAUGCGGGCAUAUAAAGAACAGAAAUGUUUCAGAGUUAUUAUUGUCAUACCACUCUUACCUGGUUUCCAGGGUGGCCUGGAUGAUGGUGGUGCAGCAUCUGUAAGAGCUAUAAUGCAUUGGCAGCAUCGAACCAUUUGCAGAGGGCAACACUCAAUAUUGCAUAAUCUUUAUGACCUAAUUGGUCCAAAAGCACAUGAUUACAUCUCUUUCUGUGGUUUAAGAGCUUAUGGUAGGCUUCAUGAUGGUGGCCCUGUGGCAACCAGUCAGGUGUAUGUGCACAGCAAGUUAAUGAUAAUUGAUGACCGUGUGACUUUGAUUGGAUCAGCUAAUAUAAAUGAUAGGAGUUUGCUUGGAUCAAGAGACUCUGAGAUUGGUGUACUUGUUGAAGAUAAAGAUUUUUUAGAUUCAUAUAUGGAUGGAAAGCCUUGGAAGGCUGGAAAAUUUUCUCUUAGUCUUCGUCUCUCCCUCUGGUCUGAACAUCUUGGUCUUCGUGCAGGAGAGAUCAAUCAAAUCAGGGAUCCGGUGGUUGAUGAAACAUACAAACAUAUUUGGAUGGAAACUGCAAAAACGAAUACCAUGAUAUACCAAGAUGUCUUUGCAUGCAUCCCUAAUGACCUUAUACAUUCUAGGGUUGCACUCAGACAAAGCAUGUUUUAUUGGAAAGAAAAGCUAGGGCAUACUACCAUUGAUUUAGGGAUAGCCCCAGAGAAGCUAGAGUCUUAUCAAAAUGGAGAUAUUAAAAACACUGAUCCCAUGGAGAGAUUAGAGUCGGUGCGUGGGCACCUUGUUUCUUUCCCCUUAGAAUUCAUGUGUAAAGAAGAUUUAAGACCAGUGUUCAAUGAGAGUGAAUAUUAUGCAUCUCCUCAAGUCUUUCAUUGAGUUUGGCCUUCGUGAAGGACAGGAACAGGGAAAUGUAUAGCCAUGUAGUCAUGACAAUGUAUUCUAAUAUCCACGCCAUGAAGGGGUGGGUCUUCAGUAUUCUUGUAUUUAAAGUACAGAAACCUGAGAAAAUCAAAAGGAAAGGGAAGAAAGAAAAACGAAAAGGAAAAAACAGUAAAAAAAAAAAGAAAAAGAAAUAAAGAAACUCCAUGUAAGUUAGAAUCAAGAAAAUCUUGGUAGAAACUUGAUGAUAGAUGGCUUUAUCAGUUUGGUCGUGCCUGCGUAAUAAGGGCUGAUAGUGACCAUUUGGAGGGGAGAAGCAUUUCUUCUUACCACUUUGUCCGGAAUGUGAUAUGAAAGUUUCAAAUUUUCUUCUUUAUUUUUUAGAUGAACUUAAGUGUGGUGCACCAUCAUUCCGAUCGUAUCAUGUCACUGGUUAAUUCAGUCUUAGGAGAACUCAUCCCUAAAAGCUAACUGUUAGAGAGAGGGAACUCGAGCACAUAUAUACCCCACAACAGC